AUGAAUGGGGUACGGUGCGGACCGUGGCUGGGGACGGCCGGGAAAUGCCGAGAGAGCGGGGUGGCGUAUUUUUUCGUUCGCUGGCCGGCCAACUGCUUGUCAUCGUUGACUCUCGCCCCAACAGCCCCCAGACCACCCUCGCCUCGUUUUCUCUUCAGUUCAUCUUUAUUUUUCUUCAUCAUGACCACCUCGACCACCGCCACUCAGCCGUCCAGCGUCGUACCGUCAGAGGUCGGCUGGCAGUUCGUGCCCCAAUACUACACCUUUGUCAACAAGGAACCUAAUCGCCUUCACUGUUUCUACUCAAAAAACUCGACGUUUAUCCAUGGUACGGAGGGUGAGGAUGGCAAACCAUGCUUCGGUCAACAGGAAAUUCACAACAAAAUCACCUCGCUCGGCUUCCACGACUGCAAGGUCUUCAUCCAUUCCGUCGAUGCACAGGCUUCUGCGAAUGGCGGCAUCAUCAUCCAGGUCAUCGGCGAGAUGUCCAACCACGGCGACCCCUGGCGCAAGUUUGUCCAGACAUUCUUCCUCGCGGAGCAGCCCAACGGCUACUUUGUGCUCAACGACAUCUUCCGGUUCCUCAAGGAAGAGACCGUAGAGGGCGACGAUGAGGACGAGGCUGUCGAGCCCGAGCCCGCUCAGGUUCCUGCACCUGCACCUGCGCCACCUGCUGCCCCCGAACUAGAGGCACCUGUUCCUCAACAGGCCGUUCCUGCGCCUGCCCCCGAACCGGUGUACGAGCCGCCUCGCGAGCCCACCCCGCCGCCUGCGCCAACACCCGAGCCGGAGCCCGUCGUCCAGGACGAAGCACCGACGACCGACGUUGUGGAACCCGCCAUUAUGCAGACUCCUACUCCGGCCCCAGAGGAACCAGAGCCUGCUGUUGUCGACGCCCCAGCGCAGCCCAACGGCAUUCACCCACCAGAGGCUGAGAAGCCUGCGCCUGCUAUUGCCCGCGAGCCUACCCCUCCUCCUGCUGCCCCAUCACCCGUUCCUGCCCCUGUUCCUGUCGCUGCACCUUCGCCUGCCCCGUCUGUGCCAGCCCCAGCCCCAACACCCGCCGCACCUCGGUCAUGGGCGUCGCUGGCGGCGUCGAACCAGAAGAAGUGGGGUUCCGUGGCACAGGAGACGCGGGGCACGUCUGAGACGCUCUCCAAUCCUGUUGCUAACUCGGGCACUUCGACACCCAUCACCCAACUGCCACCCUCCGCGCCCCACGCCGCUCGUCCGCCGCCGCAACCCCAGGCCGGGCGCCCCGACCACCAACACCAGCACCCAGCGUACGCCGCGGCGCUCGCGCUGACCACCCCGCAGUGCUUCAUCAAGGGCGUGACCGAGCCCGUCUCGCAGAGCGCACUCACCACCGUCCUCACGCAACGAUUCGGGCCAGUGAAGGAGGUGGAGAUCGUGCGGUCGAAGGCGUGCGCGUUCCUCGAGUUCAUGAGCGUGGAUGCUGCGAGGAGGGCGAUCAUCGCGUCGCUGAGCGUGCAUGCGGGGGGCGAGGGCGGAGUGUGGAUCGAUGUGGGGGGUGAGGUUGGGCAGGUGAGGAUCUCGGUGGAGACGAAGAAGGAGAGGGGAGAGCGACCGCCUGCGAGGCCGAGGGGAGGUGCGCCGCCGCAGGGGAAUGGACACCAUGGGCAUGGGCAACAGGAGGGUGUGAGAGGAGGGUUCAGGGGACGUGGCGGGCCUGCUGGGCGUGGGCGGGGUGGACCGGCAGGGUCGAAGUAG